GGGAGGCAAUCCUGCCUGCUCCGCCUAACUGGCAAAGUUGCGCGAAGGACCAGGGCGCUGUGUGGGAUAAACAGGGACAGUUGCUGCUAUUAGAACGACCAGAGUAGCGGUGCGCGGAGCAAUGGAGUUUGAAACCCCCCAGCUCUUCUGAGAUUAAAAAUCAAGAAACAAAUCAGAUGCAGCACUUUCUUGACAUGGAGAACCAAGCCCAUAAUACAAUGGGAGCUUCUCCUUGUGAGGCUGAACUUCAGGAAUUAAUGGAACAAAUUGACAUCAUGGUAAACAACAAAAAAUUGGAUUGGGAAAGGAAAAUGCGGGCUUUGGAGACACGAUUAGAUCUUCGGGAUCAAGAGUUGGCAAAUGCACAAACUUGCUUGGAUCAGAAAGGUCAAGAGGUGGGGUUACUUAGGCAGAAGUUGGACAGUCUGGAAAAAUGUAACUUAGCGAUGACGCAGAAUUAUGAAGGACAGCUGCAAACCCUAAAAGCUCAAUUUUCCAAACUGACGAAUAGCUUUGAGAAACUGAGACUGCACCAGAUGAAACAAAGUAAAGUUCGGCGAAAGGAGUUACCACACCUCAGAGAAGAAAUACCCUUUGAAAUGAGCAAUUUGAACCAGAAAUUAGAGGAAUUUAGAGCAAAAUCAAGAGAAUGGGACAAGCAAGAGAUACUAUAUCAGACUCAUCUGGUUUCUUUAGAUGCUCAACAAAAAUUAUUAUCUGAGAAGUGUAAUCAAUUUCAGAAACAGGCACAAAGUUACCAAACUCAACUCAGCGGUAAAAAACAGUGCACAGAAGACCACAGCUCGGAAGAUCCUCAGUUGAUGUGUGACCCGGAUCACAGUUGCGAAGCCAGUGAAAGAGAUGAGUUCAUUAUUGAAAAACUAAAGUCAGCUGUGAGUGAAAUAGCAUUAAGCAGGAAUAAGUUACAAGAUGAAAAUCAGAAGCUCUUACAAGAACUGAAGAUGUACCAAAGACAGUGCCAGGCCAUGGAAGCAGGACUCUCAGAGGUGAAAAGUGAGUUACAGUCACGUGAUGAUCUCUUGAGAAUUAUAGAAAUGGAACGAUUGCAGCUGCACAGAGAAUUAUUAAAAAUAGGAGAGUGCCAAAAUACUCAAGAAAGUAAAAAAAGACUUGAAUCAUCUUAUUCACCUUCUACUAAAGAACCAGAAAGGAAAAGGAAAGAGCUGUUUUCAGUGACCCUAGAUCAACCAAAUCAUGAAAAAGAAUUGAACAAGAUAAGAAGCCAACUCUAUCAGGAGGAAGAGUACCAUGGCUCUGAGCAGGAAAGAAUGAGGAACGAAAUCUCUGACCUAACAGAGGAGCUUCAUCAGAAGGAAAUCACUAUAGCAACUAUCAUGAAGAAAGCUGCCCUUCUGGAAAGACAGUUAAAAAUGGAGUUAGAAAUAAAAGAAAAAAUGUUAGCAAAACAGCAGGUCUCAGAUAUGAGAUAUAAAGCUGUCCAAACGGAAAACACACACCUGAAAGGAAUGAUGGGAGAUUUAGACCCCGGACGGUACAUGACAAGUGAAAUAACUGAUAUUAAGAGUAUGGAUUUUACUAACAGGGAACAUUCGAGGCAUGCAUCUGUUAACAAACUGGAAUAUGAGAAUGAAAGGCUCCGAAAUGAUCUUGCAAAACUUCAUGCCAAUGGCAAAUCAGCAUGGGCUAACCAAGAUACCUAUGAGGAAAUGGGACUGUACACCUAUCAAAACCAAAUAAAAAUGGAAAAACAUGAAGAUAGACUUAGCCAAGAUCGUGAACCAAACCGAAGUGUGAUGUCUCCACUACCACCCAUGCCAUUUCAAACCAAAGAAAUGACAAGUCCCCUGGUUAGUGACAACGAAGUGUUCCCACUGUCUCCCCCAGAUAUAGUCUUCCCAGCCUCUUUGGCUGCACAGCAUUUCCUUCUGGAGGAAGAGAAGCGAGCAAAAGAAUUUGAGAAACUUCUAAAUACACAUAUUGAUGAACUGCAAAGACAUACAGAAUUUACUCUUAAUAAAUACACCAAGCUCAAACAAAAUAGACACCUAUGAGCUUUUAAACUCUUUUAUUUGCUUCCUCACCCCAAGAAAAAAAGCUCUGGCAAAAUAUUUACAAAGCUGAAUAAUGAAACUGAGAAAUUUUGUUCUGUUUUCUUAAGUAAAUCAUUUCUGUUAGGCAGCUAGAAAAUAGUAUUUUGUUCGAUAAAGCUGUUUGUAUUUCUACAUUUACAUAGUAAAUUGUUUGGCUAUAGAGUUACGAUAAAAUAAACGUGACUACUCCAAAAGAGAUUCGUUUCCCAGUCUAAGGAAUACUGUGGAAUUCAAUAUGGGUUUUUUUCCCCCGCUUGAAUCAUGUACACUGAAAACCCAUUUCCUCUGUAACAACACAAAAGGAGGGAAAGGGAAUGCUGCAUUCCAAAUAUCAACGCAUCAUCAAGUGCAGCUCAGUUGUUCUAGGUUUGAAAACUCAAGGAUUUUUACAAAAAUGAAAAGACAUUAUUCUGAGCUAUAUCAACAUCCUAAAAUGUCUUUUAGAAAAAAAAGUACAGCUUUACUGGUUCCAUCCUUGUAAUGUCUCUGUCUUAACACAGUAAGACAUGGAACAUACUGUUUACAUACUUAACAUAUAUGUGCCAGCCAGAGAUGAAAGCUUUCCUGUUAGCGCUAAUUACUUCAUGGACAUGAACAAGAUCAAGAAGAUACGAAACAUUACUGUCGUGGCAUUCCUCUUUGUGAUACCUCUGUUUUUAAUACAAUAAAGGAAUACGAAAUUCGGUGGACUGAAAACAUAAAUGCCAAAUCUGUAUACAACAGUAAUAGCAUGGUAGUGGACAAUAAAAUUCAAGUUACAAACAUACAAGCAUGAUAAUCCAUUCUUCUUUAAAAAUGACACUUAUAUUUAAGAUUAUGAAAAAUCCCUCUAUGGUUAUUCAAGGUAAGUCCUACAGCUUUUAUAAUUUUCUUUUUCCCUUCGAAAAGACUGAAUCUCAACAUACUGAAAGAUGAAGUCAUGAUGUCUUUAGAUAACAAGUAUCAUUGUCAUGUGAAAAAUGCAGAGCCCUGUUCCCUGUAGGUGAUGGGACUGUGUAGGUACAGCUCU